UCCGGUCAAACAUGUAAAUACAUUUCUAGCUGCGAGCAACUUGUUUUCAGCCGGAAAAUAUCGUUAAAUUUUCUUAAAUUGCUUAUUUUCAUCCAACUCGUAGUUUAUUUACUGCACGCAAGAACCUGAGCUACUCGACUAUGCUCUCACUUUCAUUGUUUCUCGUCCUUGUUUUGUUAAAUAAACCUGUCAAAUUCAAAUUGAGUUAGCCAGUUAGCUUGUAGCAGCUAAAACCGGACUAAAACAGGUGGAUGAGAUUAUGCAGCGUUUACAGUUUUAAUGUUGACCAAAUAACGUUAGGAGAAGGAUCAUUAAUGGCAGCACGGCAACCCUUCACAGACACGGAUACUGCAGAUGAAGCAGUGAGGACGACAUGUGACGAUGCAACCACAUGUAAAAGGUUUGCCACCAGUAAAGGCUACUGGAAGGACCCAUAUAUCCAGUACUUUGUGAGAUCUGUAGGCGAAAGGAAGGCACCUGAAAUCAACAGGGGCUACUAUGCCCGUGUUCAAGGAGUGAACCAUCUACUUGAUGCGUUUAUAAAGAAAGCAGAAUGUGACUGUCAAAUCAUUAACCUGGGAGCUGGGCUGGACACCACGUUUUGGAGACUGAAGGAUGAAAAUCUCAUGCCACGGAAGUUCUUUGAAGUUGACUUUCCUACCAUUGUGGCCAGGAAAAUACACAAUAUAAAGACAAAACCACCGCUGUCCAAACCCAUCAUCGAAACCCACUCAACAGACUCCUUACUGCUAGAUGCCCACAGCCUCGACUCAGACCGUUACUGUAUCAUUGGAGCAGACCUCAGAGACAUCUCUAGUUUGGAUGAGAAACUGAAGAAGUUCCAGCUUAACCCAGAAUUACCCACACUGCUCCUGUCCGAGUGCGUGCUGGUCUACAUGACGCCCUUCCAGUCCUCCAACCUAGUUAACUGGGCAGCGGAGACCUUCCACACCGCCAUGUUCAUCAACUACGAACAGGUGAACAUGAGCGAUCGAUUUGGCCAGGUGAUGAUCGAGAACCUGCAGCGCCGACAGUGCACCCUGGCAGGAGUCGAGCUCUGCCAAUCCCUGGACUCUCAGAAGGAGCGGUUCCUGAAGGCCGGCUGGGAGCAUGCCGAUGCGCUGGACAUGAUGACGAUCUACAGCAUGCUCCGUCAGGACGACGUGGCAAGAAUUGAGCGACUGGAGUUCCUGGACGAGAAGGAGCUGCUGCAGCAGCUUCUUCAGCACUACAGCAUCAGCUGGGCCGCCAAGGACAAACUCAACCUGGGUCUGUCGCAGUUGGCAUUUUGAGUGUGGAGCUGCUCCGCUGUUAGGACGUGCUUAACAAGUGUGUUCGCCAAAAUCAACAGCAGGGGGAAGAUGUUGUAAAGGAGUUACUGGGAAAGAGGAAACCCAUAUUCUCAGUUGUCUGGGAGUUGCUCCGCUUGGAAAAAACUCCCGGCAUCAGCAGAAUGUGAUUUCACAAGCGUCGUUUGUAACCAAGUCCGUGUUGAAGAUAAAGAGGUGACGAGGUCGAGAACUGUGAAGAGGUUUGUCACUACACUGGCACUGGAUUACCAACAGUAUAAUCGAUCAUGUUUCUCUUAUUAAUUUGCUUCCAGGCAAAUUAACAGUCACAGAAAUAUUGUUUCAAACUCUGCUCAUUUGUCCUCGUUUGGAUUUCAUGUGCCAUUUUAAUUUUAUUUAUUGGUGAACUAGCACUUCCAGGCUCAUUAACUCACGAACAUACUGCGCAUGCAAUAACUCGUGUCAAACUGCAAGAAAUACAUUACAUUCAUCUACAGGCCUUUCAGAUCUUUUCUAUUCUUGCCACUAGUUUUCAAACAGUACAGAGGACAUGACAGAUUAGUUUGUAAUAGAUUAUAUUUGACGAAUGCUGUUCAAGUGCAGUUGAAUAAAAGUUUCCUUUUG